CGUGACUUUGUGUUUUCCUGCUAACAACAUGGCCGCUGAGGAUCUGCCGUCUGAAUUUGACGUCGUCAUUCUUGGCACAGGUCUUGCUGAGUCGGUGGCGGCUGCAGCCUUCUCCAGAGUCGGGCAGAGAGUCCUUCACCUGGACAGGAGGAGUUAUUAUGCCGCUAACUGGGCCAGCUUCACCUUUAACGCCCUGCUCACCUGGAUCCAGCAGCACCAGGAGGAGCCUCAGCCAGAGGAGGUCCAGGAUUGGUCGAGCCUGUUGGAGGAAGGGGAGGAGCUAAUCUACCUGUCCCAGUCAGACUCCGCCUCCAUCAGGAACGUGCAGGUGUUCUGCUACACCAGUGAGGAGGAUGAGGAGGAGGAGGAGGCUCUGAACACCACAGAAGAAGAGCCAAAGCCAGACUCUGCAGAUCCACAGGCACAGACCGAGCCGGGGCCAGAGGAGGCCUCUCACACAGAGGGGGAUGAGCCAGAGUCACUUCAGCUUGUCCCUCCUGCUGCUCAGAACCAAUCAGAGCCGAGCAAAAAGAAAAUCAGUUAUGCCCACCUGGUGAGGGAGGGGCGCAGGUUCAACAUUGAUCUGGUCUCCAAGCUGAUGUAUUCUCGCGGCUCAUUGGUAGAUUUGCUCAUCAAAUCAAACGUCAGUCGCUAUGCAGAGUUCAAGAACGUCACCAGGAUACUGACAUUUCGCAAUGGGAGGGUGGAGCAGGUGCCCUGCAGCAGGUCUGAUGUGUUUGCCAGUCGUCAGCUGUCUGUGGUUGAAAAGAGGAAGUUGAUGCGUUUCCUCACUUCCUGUGCGGAGGAGACAGAGGAGCAGAGAGCCUACAACGGUCGGCCAUAUAUGGAGUUCCUGUCCGACCAGAAGCUGGGCGACAACCUGCAGCACUUCCUGCUUCACUCCAUCGCCAUGGUGACAGAGGCCACGCCCACUGAGGAGGGGUUGGCCGCCACGCGCCACUUCCUACGUUGCCUGGGUCGCUAUGGCAACACGCCAUUCCUGUUUCCUGUGUACGGCCUCGGAGAAAUCCCCCAGUGCUUCUGUCGGAUGUGUGCUGUGUUUGGGGGGAUCUAUUGUCUGAGACACUCAGUGAGCUGCCUGCUACUGGACACACACUCCAACAGGUGCAAGGCGGUGAUUGACAGCCGGGGACAGCGAAUCAGCUGCAGCCAUGUGGUGCUGGAGGAGGGCUUCGUCGGGGCAGACAGGAAGAGGACCAACACCCCCCCCAGGUUCCUCUCCAGAGCCGUGUUGAUCACAGACAGGUCCAUCCUGCCCACGGACUCAGAGCAGCAGGUCUCCAUGGUGACGGUUCCUCCAGCAGCAGCUGGGGGGCCGGCGGUGAAGAUGGUGGAGCUGAGUCCGUCCACAAUGACCUGCAGCCCUGGGACCUAUCUGGUCCACCUCACUUGUCCAUCAAUCGGCCCCGCCCACCAGGACCUGUCGCCACUGGUUACCAGCAUGUUCCGCACGCCAGAGUCACCUGACCACGAGGGCCCCUCUGUCCUCUGGAGUCUCUUCUUCAACAUGGCCGACGGGUCAGGUCUGGAGGCGGAAGGUCACGACCUUCCAGAGAACGUUUACCUGAGCUCAGGACCUGAUGCUGAGCUGGGACACGACCACGCCAUCAGACAGGCUGAGUCCAUCUUCCAGAAGGUUCUCCCUGAAGAGGAGUUCUGUCCUCCUGCUCCAAACCCAGAGGACAUCCUCUACGACGGGGACACCCUCGGAGACACUGCCGACGGAGAAACUGGAGACACCAUUGGAGACAUUACCGACAAACCGCCCCCCCCGGAGAGGAGAGACGGGCAGAACCUGAAGAGUGAAUAGCAAUAGCACGCAGUGCAUUGUGGGUAGAGUCCUCCUCCAGUGCAUUGUGGGUAGAGUCCUCCUCCAGUGCAUUGUGGGUAGAAUCCUCCUGCAGUGCAUUGUGGGUAGAGUCCUCUCGCAGUGCAUUGUGGGUAGAGUCCUCUCGCAGUGCAUUGUGGGUAGAGUCCUCCUGCAGUGCAUUGUGGGUAGAGUCCUCUCGCAGUGCAUUGUGGGUAGAGUCCUCCUGCAGUGCAUUGUGGGUAGAGUCCUCCUCCAGUGCAUUGUGGGUAGAGUCCUCCUGCAGUGCAUUGUGGGUAGAGUCCUCUCGCAGUGCAUUGUGGGUAGAGUCCUCCUGCAGUGCAUUGUGGGUAGAGUCCUCCUGCAGUGCAUUGUGGGUAGAGCUGCCUUCACUUGUUUUAAAUCUUUAUAUUUUUUCUAUCAUUUGUUUUUUGCUUUGUGUCUUUAUUUAAAAACCUGUGGGAACAUUAGUUUCACUCUGAUCCCCUCACCCCCACCCCCACCCCCACACGGGGAUUAUUAGUGUCUUUUAGUACCGUCUGAAUAAAAACACAUUCUGAUAAACAUUGAAA